GUGAAGUGACAAAUAAAUUUUUCAAAAUUUCUCAAAUUUAUUUUUCAAAAUUAUUCGAAGUGCGAUAUACAUAAAUACAUUUUUCCUUGAUAAAUACUAUGUCCAAAUUAUCAGAAAUUUUUAACAGUACAACCGUUAAAGGACGAGCCAACGUGGCCAAAGCAACAUAUGCUUCGUUUGCCCUGCUCUGUGUUGUUCACCGUUUGAGAAACCGUGGACGUAAGGCAAAUGUAGCAGCAAAAGUUGACAAUGGAGAAGGAGAAGGUGGGUAUCAGAAUCAUAAAUACGAAGGUGGAAGUAAUUACACUUACUGCCAUAAGCACAAGCAAGAACCUGAUAUUGAUUCCUGUUCCUGUGGAUGUUCUCGAAAGAAGAAGGCCGAUUACCAUGACCAUAAGAACCAUAAUGUUAGCAGUGGAUCGCACAACACUGGCAACCAUAAUGAUCACUCGCCUUCAAAAGGACAUGUUCUUGAUCAUGAUGAUCGGUCGGUGCUUGCCGGUGCUGCUGUUAUACAUUCUUCAAGCAAGACCUGCAAGACUUCGAGCAAUGUUGAAGAUACGUCUUCCAAAGAUAUAGAAGAAAAGCCUGUUCCAAAUGGCCAAUAAGAUGAAAACUCAUUUGAUGUUUAACUGUGAGUGAAUUGAAUUUUGUAUAUCUUUAUAAGUCAGACAUUUUAUUCGAACAAACCAAUGAAGGCUUGAAACUGGCAUGGAUUCAGAUGAAAUUGUUUAAAGAUAUAAAAUACUUUUAAAUAAGGAGAUAUAUUUCACUAUUUAUUCAAAAUUCAUAACCUUUAUUUUAUUACAUUUUUGUAUAUAAUGAAAUUGCAGAAACCUUUUUACAACAAAAUGGUUCAUCUUGAUUAAAAAAUAUAUAGUAGAACUUAGAGA